AUGACCUCACGCCUUUUUCAGCCAAACCAUUUUGUACCUGUUGUUGUUGUUGUUGUUGUUGUUGUUGUUGUAACAGAUGAUGUAGCAACAAAGAAAGAAACAAAUAAGAACAAACUACUUGCUAAGAGGCCUUCUGCUGAGUGGAGCAUAUCAUCUUUCGUUAAACCUGCCAAGGUAGACAAUGUUGAAAGUUCAGGAUUAAAAAGAAAAAAGGUGGAAAGUGAAACACCAACUACAGCCAAAAAGACAAGCCGAAAGUUUCUUCCUCACUGGAAAGGUGACUUCCCCUGGAUUGUGUAUGAUGACAAGAAAGGUGUAAUCCUGUGAUAGUAUUGCCAGCAAUUUGGUCCAACCACCACAGGAAAAUCGGGGGUGUCUUGAAAACAAAGACCCCUAAGAUCUCCUAAGAUUAGGGUUAGGAAACUGAGUUAAUCAACUUUCAGGUCAGUUUACCUAGUAUAAUGACUUAAAUGGAACCUGAUUCGCUCAGUUUCCCUACCAUAAUAAAUAAAGUUCAGAGUUAUUUGGUGAGGGGUCGUAUAAGGUCUUACCAAAAAUCGCACUGCAAAUUUUUCAAACAAGAAACUAUGAAAAGACACAGCAAAAGCUUCACACACAUCAGGUCUUGUGAUUCAUUUAUGGCCAAACGGAAGGAAGAACUUCCCUGUAAAAAACUCCCCAAACUUCUAAAUCUGCAAAGAAAGAAUGGCUUUCAAAUAGGGGAGAUGUAUUCAACUGAUAGGAAGUACACAGAAAUAGUUUCUACCAUCAGUAAGGUUUACCAAAACAAGUUAGCUAAGACUGUCAACAAAAAUUUUAAGUACAUGUGUAUUUUGAUUGAUGGUGGGGAGGAUGCAGGAGGCGUGAAUGAGACAAUCCAAUGUAGAUUAGUGGAGUAUGGUCAGCUGGUAAAUCAUCUUGUGGGCCAUAAAUCAAUCUAGCAUGCACAUGCCGGAGGUCAGUAUUUGUGAAGCCUAUGUUUUGGUAUUUGUAUUUGAAAUAAAAUGACAGAGUAAAGGAUAAGUGAGACUUAAUGGAAAUCCCAUUUAUCAGUUUUUGAAACACAACAUUUGAAAAGCUCUGGGAAACGUAAAAAUUUUCCCACAGUUUUCUACCUUAUAUUUGCAAGUUAUAGAAUUGCACAAUUAUACUUAAGGUAAUCUACACUUUACAGUGUAUCAGACAAGUCGAGUUGAAAUUAUAACUUUAUGUGCAUUGAGUCUUAUUUCGAUUAGGAUGCUCAUGACUAAAAAGCAGCAAGUAUGUGGAAGGAAGGCAGUCGAGUACCCCAAGAUAAGCUCACAUUAUCACCUCGUAUCUUUCUCCACUUUGGAAGUUAUUGCAACAAUUAAAAAUUCCUUAGAAAUGCUGGGCAUCUCAAACUGUGAAAGCAAGUUGAUUGGAUUUGGCACAGAUGGCACCUCAGUAAACAUGGGUAAAAAAGCAGGUGUAUCAGCCAAAUUAAAAGAAGACACCCCUUGGCCGAUUGACAUCCGCUGCCCACCUGACCAUUUGGAAUUAGCCAUGUUAGAGCUUCAGAGAUCCUAUGCCACAGUAAAAAGGUGUUCAUCACCUUAAACCGCAUAUGGAAGACAUGCCACAUUAGUCCGAGGAGCACCAGAGAACUUAAAGCUCUUGCCGACACCAUGGGCAUUGGUGUGUUGAAACCUGGCUAGGUCAAAGGCACAAGGUGGCUUCCCCAUGUUGGCCAUGCCUUGAAAUGUCUCAUUAAACCACCAAAAGGAGAUCCUAAAAAAGAUCCUGGCCAAGACGCUGUAGUCUUAAAGCAUAUGGAGCAUCUAGCAUCAACUUCCCAAAAUGCAGAAAUAAAAGGGCGGGUGAGGUAUAUAGCUGCAGCGAUGAAAGAGAUUGACUUUCUGGCCUUCUGA